AUGGAGUCUGAUGGAAACAAUGAAGAAAGAUCUUUGCCACAGGACUUUCAAACUGAAAUAAAAGCGAAUGCCUUGAAUGGAUUGACUUUCGUGGGAUCAACUCUUGCCAUCCCAGACUCCUUGGUGGACUACUCAAGUGCACCACAACUGAUAGAAGAGUCAAAAAUAGCUUCUGAACUGCACCCGGUGCUAUCACGAGCCUCAAGAUCCUCGAAGCACGUUUUUGAAAUGGUCAAUGGAUGUAAAAACCAAUGUUACGUUUUAGAAAACUACAUCAACCAGCAUUGGGUGCUAUGGAAAUUGAAAAAAUCGCCUGCUUCUACAUCUGGUGACCUUUCGGGUUCUGAAACUCGAGAUACGAAUACGAGUUCCUCUUCCAUCAAUUAUGCCAAUUGGUUAGAGUACAAAGUUCCCGAUCUUUUGGCCUUGUGGGGUGAAGAACGUUGCUCACAGACUAGAGAAACUUCUGAGCUCAUGGGUGAGGUAAGGAUGAAACCUAGUAGGAGAGGCAAGACGAUCAAGUAUAGGUAUCAGAAGGAGAAGAACUCCCUAUCUGUUGAUCCUAAAAAUUAUCUACAGAGGAAAUACUACGAGGCUCUUUAUUCUCUACGGGUUCCCCUGGCUUACUUCGUGAAGUCAAAUUUGGUAAGGACAAGUCUCUUGAGCCGAGAAUCAGGUCAAAAAGAUGGCCUAUCUUAUCAAGUACAUCUGGUUGAAUUAGCCCUGGAACUUGAAGAUUUUGACCGAAGACAAGAUGAAGGCUUAUUGCAAGUCGACUUAGGCUGCGAAAUCGCAACCGAAAUUCGCAGUAACAAUUUGAGUAAAUUGGGACAUUUGAUAAUGUCGGGCAUUCCAGAUGUAAUUUCCGAUUUAUCUAUGAUUUUCAAGGUACGUGAGAUCAAAUUGCAAAUCAUUCUCUUACUGGAAUUGAUCUUCCUCAAUGAUCUGGAUUCCAAACUAGACAAUUUCGAGCAAAAAUACGAACGAAGGUUGAAGAAGCGAGUCAAGAAACUUGCUCCAUCGGGAUUGCCUUCUCGUCGACGGAAACAAAAUAAGCUUUCAGUGCGUUCUGAUGUCCAGCAACUUGACUUUUGCGAAAAGCUUGACGUUUAUGUCGAUAAGUUAUGCAUCGUGGAGGCUAUGUUGUUAACCGACGUUUCUAUUCAAAAAAACUCGCCUAUGAAGAGUGGUGGAGCUGCUCUAAGCUCAAGUAGGGAACUGAAGAAGAAUAUGCUAGAUCCAGAAAAAGAGGCGUCUGCUGCAGGUUUCAUAACAUACGUGCUUAUACCACAUUUUAUGAAGAAGGCUCCUCAUGCCGUCGCGUUUAUAUCACGGAAACUAAAAGGAUCUCUUUAUGAGUCCUUGCCUAAAAAUGACAAACUUCAGGUUGACGAUAGUGGCUCUAGACCCGAAUCUAAUGAGCUCGUUCGGGCUGUUGACUCACCUGAAUUACAACAUGAUAAUGAAGCUUCUUCCAUUUCCUCCGCCCAUGGCAAUGAAAAGCCAAAUGAGCCCUUAAGAUUGUAUCGGAGGGCGUCUUUGCCUCGUCGCUUACCAUUUCCAAACCUCCGAAGCGACUCGCAAUUGAGUGAGAUUCUUGAUAUGGAGACGGGCAAUAGCAAAAAGUACGCCUCUGCAACGCGCGGAAGUUCUGACGUCUUCAUCAACAAGCUCCAGAAACGUCAGCUGCCAGCCAGCGAUCUAGCACUAGAAAGGGAAUCUAGCAUCAGUCGAAGCAAAUCAGACCUAACGCUUCUUGAAGAGACUUCGAAAUUGAAAAGCAGCUCUUUGACAGCUACUUUUCAAAGAACGACAAGACGUAAAAUUGAACCGCGUAAACUGGUAGCAGGCUCCAGUAAGGUCCCCAGCGUUCAAGUUGAAGCGACUCCUUUUGGAAAGAAGGCAGUAGACGACACCGCUCGCAUGCGUAAUCUCGCUAUAAUUGAGUCACCUUUGAAUUCCAUCUCAAAGGCAUCUUUGGAGAACGUGCCAGUUUCAAGCAAAACAUGCCCGACCGUCACCCCUUCGAAGUUUGUCAAAGAAACUCAUUUGCAGGUACCAUCGACAAAUGUGAAGCUGACGGCUCCUGGGGUGGGCAGCAAUACACCCCCACAGCUUCCUACGAAAAGAAAAGUACGCAGGCGCCUUUUCGCACCCGAGUAA